GUGUAAUGAUAUUUAAAAAAAACCAACAUGCUUACCGAAUAGUUCAUGAAUUAUCGCAGCGAUUCGGAAACACUUCCUGAUUCAACCGAAAUCCAUCAGGGAUCCCUCCGGCAUCUCUUCAAAGAGAUCAGAGGUUUCCGUUUCGGAAAUUUCCUCUGAUAUUCGAACCUUGGCCAUAUCGAGUGGCGGAUUCUCACAGAUCGAGAAUUGUUUACGCGAAAAUUCCAUCUGGGUAUUGCCAUUGAGGGAUUUAAUUCAGGCCCUGCAAGUUCUUCGAUGAACUUUGCUGGGAAUUAUUUUCCGGGAUUCAGUGGUAUGAGCUCAACAAACACAACAAGCCAUCAUGAAAAUGUAACUGGAAGAGUUUUUGAUUGAUGGGUAGGAGAGUUUCUCGGUUUCCUGUGAAAUGAGUCAAUCUCCAUCGUUUUCUGUGAAGCCGGAGCUGAGCACAAGGCCCGACCACGAGUCCUUGAAAGGAUGGGUUCAUGCAUUCUGCAUCAUUAGGUUUGAUCUGGAGCAGGGCCAGCUCUUAGAAGAAUGUUAUCCACCUGACUCCCUCUCUCAAGAAGAGGAAAUUGAGGUAUCUUUCAACUCGUUUCCGGAUUCUGUCUCACAAAAUCAUAACCGUGCAAGCAUACAUGACUGCAUUUUCUUCUUCCGGUUUCGUAAGCGGAAAAGGAACACUCAAGAGGGAGAGAGCGGUAAUGGUUCUGAGUACUUAUACGGUUAUGUAUUUAAUAGGCAGAGGCAUGAUGAAAGAUUGAAGCGGGGUGGGGAACAGAAGUCUGUGGUGAUAUUGUCCCAUACUCCUUACUCGAGUGUGUUUAGGCCUUUGCUUCAAAUCGUUGGUCCUUUGUAUUUUGAUGUCGGAAAGAAGGCUAUUGAACAUAUUGCCGGUUACAUUUCUGUGUGGCCUGCUCCUGUGCCGGGUAAGCUAAUGGAGCUGCCCAUCGGUAAUGCAAUGCUUAAGGUGAACUUACCACCUGCUCACAGUUUGCCGAUGGAAAAUGGGAUUUUGUAUGAGGAGUCUGCUUCUUCCAUGGCUCCAUUACUUCCUACAAAUCAGUCAAUUCCUCAAGGUCUUUUCCAUGACUCAGAUAUUUUCGGCAUCUAUCGGGGGCUUUUGUUGCAAUUAUGGACCUUAUGGGAAUUGCUACUUAUAGGCGAACCCAUUCUCAUUAUAGCUCCAACGCCUCCUCAAUGUUCCGAGGCAGUUGCUAGUCUCGUGAGUUUGGUUGCUCCCCUCUUCUGUAGCAUCGACUUCAGACCAUAUUUCACUAUCCACGAUCCGGCAUUUGCUCAACUGAAUUCACUUCGAGAAGGGGAUGCCUUCCCACCAAUGGUUUUGGGUGUCACGAACCUCUUUUUCCUAAAAGCUCUUCGGAAUAUCCCUCACAUUGUCUCAGUUGGAACCCCGGCUCCAAACCCUAAUCGUAUUUCCCUCACUAGUAGGUCGACCGGUAGAAUUCCGGGCAGGGCUGAAGGGCUAGGCGUUCAACAGCUUUCCUUGCGAAAAUUUUCUCCUUCCAGUCUAUUAAACGCCGUGAGACUUAGACGAGAUGGACCCUUAUGCCUCAUGACAGAACACAAGGAAGCUGUCUGGACCACCUACUCUCCAAUAACCAAACCCGAUACUUCAGUUUUGAAUAGACUUAUUGAUGCCGGGAUGUCUCCAAGGGUUGAGGAGUCGAUGUCGGUGGUUAAUAACGACAUAUUGCGCCGACAUUUCUUGGAAUUAACAACGAAUUUCUUGGCACCUUUUGGUCCAUAUUUUCAGGUGAAUGCCCCUUCUGAUGGAUCUUCUCCCUACGUUUCUCCUCCUCCCCUUCCAUCCUUCAGUGGCGAUGAAUUCCUCUCUAAUAUAUUUGCAAGAGGAGUGGGGAGGUUCAUGUCGAAGCGGAUGAAGUCCAACUGGUUAGACUUGUAUAGGCGGUUUCUAAGAGGGCCCAACUUUAUGCCAUGGUUCCAAAGACGACGAGCUGUUGCAGAGCAAGAACAGAAUCGGCUAUGGAGGAUGGCCAGAAUGAAGACCGAUAUGAUGCACCUCACGUCUAAAAUGAAUGAAUUGGAAGCCGUGGAUUCCUUCAACGCCAUUGAAAAGUACCUUAACGAGGAAAUGAAGCUGGAGGAAUAUGGAGGAGAAGGCUCGGGAGCAGGGGAGAGAUGCCGGAAACUGAGGAAGGAUUUGAAGGCAGUGUUUGACGUCCUUCCACGGGACAUGCAGCAACUUCUUCUCUCAAACCCGCAAAGAGCUUCUCUUCUCUCCGAAGAUUGAGGAUUGAGGUUUUUUUCCCUUCCGUUGCUCUGUUUUUAGAUGUUUCAAAGCAAGAGUCGGAAUCACAUCGACAGAAGUGUUAUAUCAUAUGAAGAUUCCAAAAAAUUGAUCUAUUCAACUCUUUCUGCUCAA